AUGAUAUGGCGAUGCGGUGCUGGUGCUGAAUUGUUCUCUCUGAUGGCUCUAUGGGAGUGGAUAGCACUGAGUCUUCAUUGCUGGGUUUUAGCAGUUGCUGCUGUCUCGGAUCAGCAUGCCACAAGCCCCUUCGACUGGCUCCUCUCUGAUAAGGGACCCUUCCAUCGCUCACAGGAAUACACUGAUUUUGUGGACAGAAGUCGACAGGGAUUUAGCACAAGAUACAAGAUUUACAGGGAGUUUGGCCGCUGGAAAGUAAACAAUCUUGCUGUGGAAAGAAGAAAUUUCCUUGGCUCCCCACUGCCGCUGGCCCCCGAGUUCUUCCGCAACAUAAGGCUGCUGGGACGGCGCCCGACCCUCCAGCAGAUCACAGAAAACCUGAUCAAGAAAUAUGGGACACAUUUCCUGCUCUCAGCUACCCUGGGAGGAGAGGAGUCGCUCACCAUUUUUGUGGACAAACGGAAGCUGAGCAAGAGGUCAGAAGGGAGCGACCCCAGUGCCAACAGCUCUGUGGUGACCCUGGAGACCCUGCACCAGCUGGCAGCCUCCUACUUCAUCGACAGGGACAGCACCCUGCGCCGGCUGCACCACAUCCAGAUCGCCUCCACCGCCAUCAAGGUGACAGAGACACGGACAGGUCCCCUCGGCUGCAGUAACUAUGACAACCUAGAUUCUGUCAGCUCUGUUCUGGUUCAGAGUCCUGAAAAUAAGAUUCAGUUGCAAGGUCUUCAGGUCAUCCUCCCUGAGUACCUGCAAGAGCACUUUGUGCAGGCAGCUCUGAGCUACAUUGCCUGCAAUUCCGAGGGGGAGUUCAUCUGCAAGGACAAUGACUGCUGGUGCCAGUGUGGCCCCAAAUUCCCCGAGUGCAACUGCCCCUACAUGGACAUUCAAGCCAUGGAAGAGAACCUGCUCCGCAUAAGCGAGACCUGGAAUGCAUACAACAGUGAAUUUGAAGAAUCUGACGAAUUCAAAUUAUUUAUGAAGAGGCUGCCCAUGAAUUAUUUCCUGAACACAUCUGCUGUGAUGCAUUUGUGGACAAUGGAUUCUAAUUUUCAGCGCCGCUACGAGCAGCUGGAGAGCAGCAUGAAGCAGCUCUUCCUCAAGGCCCAGAGAACGGUGCACAAACUCUUCAGCCUCAGCAAGAGGUGCCACAAGCAGCCCCUCAUCCGCAUGCCAAGGCAGAGGUCUUCCAACUACUGGCUGAACCGCAUCCAGUCCUUGCUGUACUGCAACGAGAACGGGCUGCUGGGCAGCUUCUCGGAGGAGACGCGCACCUGCGCCUGCCCCAACGACCAGGUGCCGUGCCACGCCCCGCUGCCCUGCACGCUGGGCGACGGCCCCGCCUGCCUCAGCUGCGCCCCCGACAACCGCACCCGCUGCGGCAGCUGCAACGCCGGCUACAUGCUCAGCCAGGGCCUCUGCAAGCCCGAGGUGGCCGACUCCACCGAGCACUACAUCGGCUUCGAGACGGACCUGCAGGACCUGGAGAUGAGGUAUUUGCUGCAGAAGACGGACCGCAGGAUCGAGGUGCACGCCAUCUUCAUCAGCAACGACAUGCGCCUCAACAGCUGGUUCGACCCCUCGUGGCGCAAGAGGAUGCUCCUGACGCUUAAGAGCAACAAGUACAAGUCCAGCCUGGUGCACAUGAUACUGGGGCUCUCUCUGCAGAUUUGCCUGACUAAGAACAGCACCUUAGAGCCCGUCCUUGCUGUUUAUAUCAACCCUUUUGGGGGCAGCCACUCUGAGAGCUGGUUUAUGCCUGUGAAUGAAAAUAAUUUCCCAGACUGGGAGCGGACUAAGCUGGACUUACCCCUUCAGUGCUAUAACUGGACGCUGACUCUGGGCAACAAGUGGAAGACGUUUUUUGAAACCGUGCACAUCUACUUGAGGAGUCGGAUAAAGUCGAACGGCCCCAACGGCAACGAGAGCGUCUACUACGAACCCCUGGAAUUUAUCGAUCCCUCGAGAAACCUGGGCUACAUGAAAAUCAACAACAUCCAAGUGUUUGGCUACAGCAUGCACUUCGACCCAGAAGCGAUUCGAGACUUGAUUUUGCAGCUGGACUACCCCUACACUCAGGGCUCGCAGGACUCAGCGCUUUUGCAGCUGUUGGAGAUUCGGGAUCGUGUAAAUAAACUCUCUCCGCCCGGCCAACGUCGCCUGGACCUCUUCUCUUGCUUGCUCCGUCAUAGACUCAAACUGUCUACCAGUGAAGUGGUGAGGAUCCAAUCUGCUUUGCAGGCCUUUAAUGCCAAAUUGCCAAACACAGUGGAUUAUGACACAACCAAAUUAUGUAGUUAA